GGUGACUGAGGUGUAAGAGCUCGUAACUCACACACAUGGUCAACCAAUCAGCGGAGCCUGCGGGGGCAGAAAGCCGGAGCGACCGCAGAGAUCUCACCUGAGCCUGACACACUGACGGACCGUCACUCACUGAGUUCUCACAGCGACAGAGAAAUGGCCAUACCCCGAAUGUUCAACUCCAACACCCCGUUCAUCAUCGUGACCGGAGGAUCUGAACUCUCAUUUCUCGGCAAAGAGGACGACAGCCAAGUUUGUGAGGAGGAGAAGGACUCGCUGGUCCAGGCCAUCGCCCCUCAUCUGAGUCGGGUGAUGCAGCACGGCACUGCCAAACAUGUGGUCACUGAGGGACAUGAGGAGAACGCCUGUGUCUCCAUAGUGGCACAGGCAGAGAGAGAAGACUAUCAGGAGUUCAGCCCCACCAACACACAGUGUCCUUACACAAGAUCUCAGCUGCUCAAAAAGCACAGGUCUCUCAACAUGGACGCUGCCCUCCUGAGUGACACAGAGGACGAAGACUUCCAUCUGGCUGCCAAACUCCCACUCCACCACCUCCAGAGGAAACAACGCAGGAAACCCAGAGGACAGAGCCAAGAGGACGGGGAACAACCUCCCAUCAUACAGGGCCUGUGGGUGCAGGAGAUCGAUUGGCUAAAAUCAGCAAGCAGAGAGACGACAUCGUCAACAUCAGCUGAGAUCAUCCCGCCGCCUCCACAGUUUACUGACUCAGCGUCACACCCCUGCAGCCACGGAGGCUCCUGCGUAUGUGACGGCUGUGCAGAUGUGUGUGUCAGAGGAUCAGAGUCACUCUCAGAGGAGCAGCUCAGAUCUGCAGAUACAGAUGACACCUCCAGCUCUGACGGCAGAGGAGGCUCAGACUCUGAUGGCGUCCAGGAGCAGGACUCUGAUUCUGUUUACACACAUGAGAGCGAGUCAGACUCAUCCUGUGCUGCAGAGGACGGCACACGAGCGCCAGAUAGUUUUGGAGUUGAAGCCAGAGUGUCAAAUUUGACCUUUGAUCUUAUGCACGUGUCCGGUUUUACCUCUGCCUCCCACGCUGAGUGGGAUUCUGACUCGGCAGGGUGUGUUCAAAGCCUGCUGAGAGUUUCUGACUCCACCUACAGCCCCAGCACUGUAAAUACACCCCAGUGUGCCUUUAGUUUUGAUGACAUCAGUGAUGUUGACACAGUUUUGUACAGCCUGAGAGGCAGAGUCACCUGGAUGCCGAAGCUUUUUGUUUUACCUUUCUUUAAAGAUCUAAUCAAACUGACUGUGACAGACUGGAGGACCAGCACAUCUGUCAAUGAAGGACUCAUAUUUCAUCAUCAACUUCAGCCUGACAGCUGUCAGUACAGGGAGGGAGAGGAGUACUGCGUCCUGCACCACAUACAGAAUGGCUCGUAUGGCGAUGUGUUCUGUGUCCAGGACAAAAGGACUGGUUUCCAGUGUGCUGCCAAGAGGAUUCCACUGAGUCACUUCAGCAGCGAGGAGGUGAGCACGUGGAGCGCUCUCAACUCUCCUCGUGUGGUGGAGCUCUUUGGGGCCAUCAGGGAGGGCCUCAACAUCGUGCUCUUCAUGGACCUGAAGCCAGGAUGUCUGGCUCAGCUUCUGAAAGAGAUAAACUGUUUACCUGAGGAUUUGGCCCUGCACUACCUUCAUCAGACACUGGGGGCGCUGGAGCACCUGCACCACAGGAAGGUCCUUCACCUGGAUGUCAAAGUUGACAAUGUGCUGCUGUCUGCAGACUGCAGAGACACAUUCCUCUGUGACUUUGGUCUCUCAGAGACAUUAGAUGACAACGGAUGGAGCACCAGAGCGUUCAGGGGAGCUGCCUUCCCCGGCACAGAGACCCACAUGGCCCCCGAGGUGGCACAGGGGGAUCGACUAUGUGCCAAGGCGGACGUGUGGAGCAGCUGUUGCAUGCUACUGCACAUGCUCAAUGGAUGCCACCCAUGGAUACGCUACUACUCCCAUCCACUGUGUCUCCAGAUUGUCAACGAGCCUCCGCCUCUGUGGGAGGUGCCGUCCAACUGCAACAACUUCACAGCCAAAGUGUUCAGGGCUGGACUCCAGAAGGACCCUGACAGACGAGCGUCGGCAAAGGAGCUCCGGAGGAAAACCACCAAAGCCCUCAGAGCAGUUGGCGGUCUGAGUCCCUGGUCCAUCAAAAGUGCCUGUGAGAAGCUGCAUCACAGUGAGAGCCAGAAUGAAGACACGCCCUGCUCUCUGUCACCUGGGAUCAAACCAACCAAACCAUCAGCCACGAUGUACUGGGUGAGCCCCUGGAGGACAACAGCAGUGGACGAGGACACCAGUGACUGGAAAGAUGGUGACUCAGACCAAAACUCUGACGUGGAGACAGAUUUUUUAACCAGGGAAUGGGAGUCCCAGCCAAAGUCUCUGCAGGACGAUUACGCUGCAGAUGGAAAAGACUGGGACACCUGCUCUGAUUCAGAGGUGGAUAUAUACAUGGCCGAGGAGGAACAUGUUCAGGAGAAGUGGCCGAAAAGUGACAGGGACUAUGAGGGGGACUGGGAAGAGGAGGGAGAUGAAGAGGGGGAGGGGGAGGAGGAGGAGGAGGAGGGGGAGUGGGAGUCCUCCAUGUCCACAGAGUAUCUCCGUGCUCUCAGAGGCAUUUUCCCUUUGCUGCAAAAAGGCCAACAGACAAAUGACAAUUCAUGGGGAUCAGAGCCGGAGCUGGAAUACCUCCGAGACGACGUACCUUUGGGCACCACAAUCCAGACCCCGUCCCCUGAACCUCGAGACGACCCUCCAUCCUGUUUCAGCUGCUCAGACACAUCACAGAUAGACGCCUCAGAGAAGGACUCUGAUCAUUCGUCUGAUGAUCUGAGCUCUGGAGUCUUUUCCUCCUGCAACAGUCGGACAGACGGACACUUGGAGUGGUUGGCCUCAGCCAGUCAGCCGUCCUCGUGCUGCUUCGAAGGUAAGACGGCAGGACGUAUCACUCAGUUACAUGUCGUUCGACUUUUGUUUUUUACUGUUAUUGACUGCUGUGACACUCCAGGUGUUGACAUCUGGAUCGAGAACGUCCAAGGCGAGUGUCUGAGGAUCCGUGAGCGGCGGCAGGUCAAAGUGGGCCAUGUUGCCAUAGGAAUCAGUGAUCAGAUCUCAGGGAAAGCCUUCACCUUGGAGACGCUGGACAGGAAGAUUGUGUCCUUUGAGCAAGAGAUCAAAGAGUCCUGUCUGUGGCUGCGCUGCGUUCCUGCUCCCGACAGGUGUCAGCGCUGGAGGUGGAGAGUCCGAGACGGCAAACUGGAACUCAGAGAAUGAGACUUUUUUUGUUGUUGUUUUAUUUGUGGUUUGCACUAAUUUAUGCAUUUAUGCGUAAAAAUGUGCACAGGUACCUGUAGAUGUUGUGCUGCUGAUAUGACUGAUUUUCAACCCAGUAGUCAGAUUUUUUUUCUUUUUUUGUCAUUGUGUCAAUUCAGUGAUGUCUUGGUAAAAAACAACCAUUUUUAGUGUCACUACCCCGGAAGGAAACGCAGCGAUGUCUCGAUAACGGCAACUGUUUUUCAUGUCGCUACCAAGGCAAGAAAUGCAGAGAUAUAUAUUUUCAUGUAAUUUUCCGAGCAGGAAAUGCAAUGAUGUCUCUGUAAAAGCAGCAAUUUUUCAUGUCACUAUGAAGGCAGAAAACGCAGCAAUGUCUUGUUAAAAAGAACCAUCUUUGGUGUCAAUUUCUUGAAACACAACAGUGUCCUUGGUAAAAAAAACAACUGUAUUUCAUGAUACUUUCCCGGCAGGAAACACAGCAAUUCCUCAGUUAAGCAGCUGUUUUGGAAGUGGUACUAGCAAGGUAAGAAAUGCAACGAUGUCUUGCAUAAAACAACCACUUUUGUGUCAUUAUCCCCAGUGAUCCCCAGCAACAGGUUGCUAAAAAAUGGCCACAUUUGGUCCCUUAAACCGAUGACAUUGUCAGCACAUAAAUACGUUACUUUAGAAAUGUUGAUAAUAUGUAUGAAAUGUGCAAAUCCUGGUUUAUAGAAAUGUACGCUGACAUUUUCUUCUGGUGACUGCUGGAUGCACAAUCUGGGGACAAAAGAGUUCAGACAUUUGGUGCACCUCUUUGUUUUCUCUGUGAUCUGGAGUCUGUCGUGUUUCUUUGUGCCCUUUAAAUGCAGUGAACAAGUGAAGCUGCUUAAAUCCACGAAUAACUGUCAUGAUACAACAUGAGCCCUUGAGACUUUAAUACUUGAACAUUACUGACAUUUUAUAUCUUAAUAAAAAAAAAUGACCUGCUCCCUUCUGCCACCUCUGCUUGUUUUCCUGUCACUGCCUCCAUCGUGCACCGUGUCCUCCAGCUUCAGUCCACACAGGAGGAGACUCAGACCAGAGCUGCAGCUA